CGUGCUCUCAAAACGUCAAACAUGACGAACCUAUGCGGUACAGCAAAUCUAGCAAACAAACUAAUAUUUCAAAAUCUGUUUGCUUAAUGAUAUUAUUCCAGAGUUCGGCAAAAACUAGUAUUGCAAUUAGUAGUAUUUAAACAUGGCCGGCGAUACGUUUGAGUUAUGGAAGAAUCAGUGUCUUAAGUGUGAUUUCAGUAAGAAGGGCAGCGUGGAUGGCGAUAUUUCUCAUAUUGUCUCCUUUAUCAACAGCCACGAUCAGUAUUUCACGACAAGCUCUUGCUCCGGAAGAAUCAUCCUUUUUGACGGGGCAUGGGACUGCCAAGUGCAAAAGCGAAACUGCUCCUGGUUAUUUGUUACCCAUCAGAAGUGCCAAAGUGAAGAUGUGCUUACAAGUCUGGAGAAGUCUGUUGGAGAUGCCACUUUGAAGUUUGAGCCUUUUGUCCUUCACGUUCAGUGUAAAAAGCUUGAAGAUGCACAGCUACUGCAUACUGUUGCAGUAAACUCAGGCUUUAGGAAUUCUGGUAUAACUGUGGGAAAGAAAGGCAAGAUCAUCAUGGCAGUACGCAGCACACAUUGUCUUGAGGUUCCUGUCAGCCACAGGGGAACUGUCCUCAUCACUGACCAAUAUCUUGAUUUCCUUGUCAGAGUUUCUAACCAGAAGAUGGAAGAAAAUCUUAAAAGAAUAGAGAGAUUCUAUGAGUGCUUACAGACUGCCCUACAACCUCAAGAACAGAAAUGCAUUUUAAAGGAAGCAGCCGACAAGAAACCUAUUUACAGACGGAGAAGGAAAAGGACACAGGAUGAUUCUGUGACAGACUGUUGCCAGAGCGUCAAAGAUCAUAAUGAAAACAGUGAAGAGGAAACCGUCUGUGAUCUACUGUUUUUAUGAUAGGAAAUCUUCCUUUACAUCAUAUGAUCAUCAUUUUCUGAGGUUUCUGAUCAGUGCAUAAUUAUCCAAGGUUGUUUAACACCCCUGCCCAUUAGACAUGCCUCACAUUAUCAUUUCAUGUGAACAUUAGACAUAAACUUUUUUUUUUUUUAAUGACCGAUAUAAAUUAAAACAGUCUCCAACCCACUUCCUUAAAGUAACCUUUUUGAUAAGAGGUGUCUGCUUCCUAAAUAUCUGUUUCAUAUUCCUCAUUAUUUUGCGGAGACUUGGUGAAUCUGUUUUAGUUUAACAUGCUGUUAUUUCAGAGCUUUUGAAUGUGUAAACCUUAAUGCUUUAGUUCAUGCAGAAGAAAGAUACUGUUCAGCAUUGUUCAUCACAGUGAUGUAGAAAUCAACCAUGUUAUUCAUCUCUGACAAGCAAUUUGUCAGACGUCAUUGUGAAAACGCUGUGUGGUUUGGAGCACAUUUCCUCUGGAUUAGAAGGCAUUACUGUUGGGGUCUAGUCCUGCAACGCGUCAUUUGGGUGACUUGGCUCAUUAACUACAUCUGCUUCAUUUUGCUUUUGAUUUCUCAUUUUCAUCAGAAAUAAAUAAAGAAGAAAUAAUUCA